AUGGCGAGAGGUACCCUGCGCACCACGCCGAGGCGCGCGAACCGCCCGGUCGGCGACGAGGAAGCCGCGACGCGCAAGAUGGGCGCCAUGGGGACCGGCGGGGUCUCGGUCAACGCGCGGCUGAAUCUCGAGGCGGUGGAGCGGACGCUCGCGGCGCUCAGCGGCGGCAAGGAGAACGACGCGCUCGGUCUGGACACCGUCCUGGUGAAGGGAUUACACGAUAUGGCCAUCGACGAGGCCAUCGCGCGCGCGGGGAGGAAGGCAUCGGCGCGCGCGGGCAAGGGGAUCGUCCACAACCGGAAGGGCCCGACGGUGUCGGUGCCCGACGCCGUUAAGACCCCCGCCGCGGUCCGCGCCAUCGUGGCCAAGGCUCUCGCCGGAAAGGUCCUCUCGAGGCGCGAACAGGAUCGACUCAGGGACGAGCUCGAGCGCCGCGAGGGGGCGGUGCCGGGGAAGCCCCCCGCGUCGUCGCCGUUCACCCCGCCCCCACCGCCCGUGAACACCCCCGUCGGCCUCGCCCGUCGCUACCCAGCCAUGACGUGUGGGGACACGAACGAGUCCGCGGACGCGGACGCGUCACCGCCGUUCGCGAUGACCCCCACGCUCCUCGCCGAGGCUGCGCGGCUCGCGAUGCGCAACGUCGGGACCGGGAAGGGACCGUCGAACCCGCUCGGCAGAGCGCUCGCCGCGGGGGAGCGCGGCGAGCCCCUCACCUCCACGCAGAGGAACAUCCUGGACGCCGUGGAGGAGCUGAGGGCGGGGAAGAUUAUACCGGAUGACCGCAUGCGGCUCCUGGAGUGGGCGCAGACGGACGACGACGACGUCGCCGUCGCGAAGGGGUCCAGGCCGAUGACGAGCCCGUCAACGGUGGCGUCGCUGUGCGCCGCCACCUUCGGGAUCCUCCCUCUCACGCCCCCGAGCGACGCGGAUGAAGACGCGGCGUCGUCUUACGCCAGCGACGAAGUCUUCAGCUUUGACCAGGGGAAAAUCGCAGGGGAAAAUCGCGUAGAGGAGACGAGCCCGGAGCCUUGGAUAUCGCCGGUGGAAUUCAACCGAGGCAAGUCCAUGACGCCCACGCUGGAGGAGCUGGCGAGGCGGAAAGAGGGCGGGGAGGCGCUGACGGAGGGGGAGGACGCGAUGGUGAGCAUAUUCAAACUGGCUUCGCCGGUGGCGCGAUGA